ACACCACCAAUUGCAGGGAUUACUGACUGAAGAUGUUCCUCCCUACGAGGCCCAUGAGACUGUGUAGGGAUGUGAUUUGAAUAGGACUGUGACUGAACGAGUGGGAAGUUUAUUUCUCUAUAUUUGUAUUUUGUUUUGAUGUCGUUGUUCCCCCUCCCCUUUUCAACAUUGGACGUGUAUAUUUUUCUACAGUUUACUCACCGUACAUUAGGUGGCGGCAGACAGGUUAUAUUUGUGUAAAUGUCAGUAUACCAGAGAAGAAGAGUACGCUGCUGCACUGUCCAAGUGGGGAACAGGAAGUUCCGGGUCGAAACGACAGAACGGUGCUGUUGUGUCGAUAGUGGUUGUGUCCGUUUCAAAUGUAUCAUUGCAGACCGACUCUUAACGUCAACAGUGAGGACAAACCCAGCCUGCCUCUCUCCUUCCACACUGAGUAGAAACCUACAGUUACUGGGUCCUGAUUGUGACAGUGGAUUCAGAGAUGGCAUCAGUGAAGCUGGAAGACUGCAGUCAAACACUGGAGCUGAAUGUAAACAUUAAAGAUGAAGAAGAGGAGGAGAAGAUUAGGACAACUGUUAGUCAUGACCGACUCAGAUUAAGUCUGAGGCCGUUAACAUCAACAGUGAGGACAAACCCAGCCUGCUUCUCUCCUUCCACACUGAGUCCAAACCAACAGUCACUGGGUCCUGAUUGUGACAGUGGAGCCCAGUUUGCACUGCAGGAUCCAGAGAUGGCAUCAGUGAAGCUGGAAGACUGCAGUCAAACACUGGAGCUGAAUGUCAAUCUUAAAGAGGAAGAAGAGGAGGAGAAGAUUAGGACAUCUGUUAGUCAUGGAUGCCAUGUUGAGACAUUCUCUACAUCCAGAGAUCAACAGCAGGAAGAUCAGAGAGCUAAGAUGUCUCAUCACUGCCCACAUUGUGAAGAGAUUUUCCCAUUUCUAUCAAAGCUAAAAAUACACCUAAAAAUACACACAGGAGAGAAGCCUUACUCCUGCUCCAACUGUGGAAAAUGUUUCAAAACAACAACUCAGCUAAAACUUCAUCAGAGAACACACACAGGAGAGAAGCCUUAUUACUGCUCUGACUGUGGAAAAGGUUUUAAAACAUCAACUCAGCUAAAAGUUCAUCAGAGAACACACACAGGAGAGAAGCCUUUCUUCUGCCCUGACUGUGGGGCGAGUUUCUCUCAUCUGGGCACCUUAAAAGCACACCAACGUAUACACACAGGAGAGAAGCCUUACGUCUGCUCUGACUGUGGAACUAGUUUCUCUCAAUUUUCCCACUUAAAAACACAUAAACUUGUACAUAUAGGAGAGAAGCCUUAUGUCUGCUCUGAUUGUAGAAAAUGCUUCACAACAUCAACUGAUCUAAAAGUUCAUCAGAGAACACACACAGGAGAGAAGCCGUAUUACUGCUCUGACUGUGGAAAAUGUUUUAAAACCUCAAAUGAACUAAAAGUUCAUCAGAGAACACACACAGGAGAGAAGCCUUAUGUCUGCUCUAACUGUGGGAAGAGUUUCUCCCAAUUGUAUACCUUAAAAACACAUGAACGUAUACAUUCAGGGGAGAAGCCUUACUCCUGCUCUGGCUGUGUAAAAUAUUUCAAAACGUCAACUGAGCUAAAAGUUCAUCAGAGAACACACACAGGAGAGAAGCCUUAUUCCUGCUCUGACUGUGGAAAAUAUUUCAAAACAUUAAAUGAGCUAAAAGUUCACCAGAGAACACACACAGGAGAGAAGCCCUUCUUCUGCCCUGACUGUGGAACUAGUUUCUCUCAACCUUCCCACUUAAAAUCACAUGGACGUAUACAUACAGGGGAGAAGCCAUAUUCCUGCUCUGACUGUGGAAAAUGUUUUAAAACAUUAUAUGAGCUAAAAGUUCACCAGAGAACACACACAGGAGAGAAGCCUUACGUCUGCUCUGACUGUGGAAAGUGCUUCACAACAUCAACUGAUAUAAAAGUUCAUCAGAGAACACACUCAGGAGAGAAGCCUUACGUUUGCUUAGACUGUGGAAAGAGUUUCUCUCAACUUUCCCACUUAAAAUCACAUGAACGUAUACAUACAGGGGAGAAGCCAUACUCCUGCUCUAACUGCGGAAAAUGCUUCAAAACAUCAACUGUGCUAACAGUUCAUCAGAGAACACACACAGGAGAGAAGCCUUAUUACUGCUCUGACUGUGUAAAAUGCUUCACAACAUCAGCUAAGCUAAAAGCUCAUCAGAGAACACACACAGGAGAAAAGCCUUACUCCUGUCCUGACUGUGGUGUGAGUUUCUCUCGACUUGAUACUUUAAAAACACACCAACAUAUACAUUAAGGAGAGAAGCCAUACUCCUGCUCUGCCUGUGUAAAAUGCUUCAAAACAGCAAAUGAGCUAAUAGUUCAUCAGCGACCACAUGCAUGAGAGAAGCCUGCUUACGUCUGCUCUGACUUUUGGGUGAGUUUCUCUCACCAUAGCAACUUAACACACCAGUGUAAACACACAGGAGAGAUGCCUUACCUCUGCUCUGUGGAAUGGUGGGCGUGUAACUCAAACUUCUAGCCAAAGUUUGAGUAUUUGAAUCUCAUCAAGGAGGACUUUAGCAUUUGAGCUAAUUAGUAACUUUGCAACUACUUACUACUUUGUAGCUAUUACAUAGCAUGUUAGCUUAGCAUGCAGCUACUUAGCAUGUUUGCUAACCUUUCCCCUAAACCCAUUUAACUCUACCUUAAACCCCUCUCCUAGCUAACGUUAGCAACAACAAAUUGGAAUUCGAAACAUAUCAUACAUAUUACAAGUUCGUAACAUAUGAUUUGAAUAGCAAUGCGUAAAAUAACAUAUGAAUUGUAAUUCUUAACAUACGAUACAUCCUACAAGUCGUAUUAUACUGAACAACAAUCUCAACGCAACAAUUUCAAAUAUUUACAGGUUCUAUAAGGAAAUCAGUCAAUUUAAGUCAAUGAGACCCAAAUCUAUGGAUUUCACAUGACUGGGAAGGGGCUAAGCCAUGGGUGGGACUUGGGAGGGCAUGGGCCCACUUGGGAGCCAUGCCCAGCCAAUAAGAAAUAGUUUUUCCCCACAAAGUCUUUAUUACAGAAAUACAUUUUAUUCAGCACCAUCCCCACCCCCCCACCCCCAGACAAUCCUGCAGGUGAAGAGGUACUGGGCUGCCGUGGUUACAUGUGAUCUGCAGUUGUGAGGCCGGAUGGAUGUACUGCCAAAUUCUCUAAAAGGACGUUAGAGGUGGCUUAUGGUAGAGAUAUAAAUAUUGAGUUCUCUGGCAACGUCUAUGGUGGACAUUCCUGCAGUCAUCAUGAGAAUUGCACGUUCCCUAAACUUGAGACAUCUGUGACAUUGUGUUGUGGGGCCUUUUAUUGUCCCCAGCACAAGGUAAACCUGUGUAAUGAUAAUGCUGUUUUAUCAGCGUCUUGAUAUGCCACACCUGUUAGGUGGAUGGAACAUUACUGGAUUUUUUUAUUUCAGCUCAUGAAACCAAAACUUUACAUGUUUAGUUUAUAUUUUAGUUCAGUUUAUAUUGGUAGUCCAAUGUAAUCGAACAUACUAAAUGGAGUGGCACGGAUGUGUUUUUGUAUAAUAUAAUACGUUUUGCUCUGACGCCAGGUUGUCCCUCUGCGGUAUUCUGUGGGAAGGAGCUAGUAUACACUUUUUUUAUUGAACGAGGCAAGUCAGUUAAGAACAAAUUGUUAUUUAUAAUGAUGGCAUAGGAACAGUGAGUUAACUACCUUGUUCAGAGUCAGAACAACAGAUUUUUACCUUGUCAGCUCAGGGAUUCGAUCUAGCAACCUUUUGGUUACUAGCCCAAUGCUCUAACCACUAGGCUACCUUCCGCCCCUAACAUGUAUCAGAUAGAGAUGAUCACUUUUCACCACUAGUUUGGGGGGGGGGGGUGUGGGGGGUGUUUUAAAGCUUUAUUUAAUGUUACACAGUUCAUAAAAUGAAUACAUGUGUUUAUUAAUUGUCUUUAAAACUAGAUGAGUUAUUUUAGUUACUGAUCAUGUAUGUAUGAAUGGUUCUUAUGGUUGUAUUCAGUUCUUCAUAUUAGAUCUGACAGUAUGAAUGGUUCUUAUGGGCUGUGUGCCUGGAGUGUUUUUGUAUGACUACAGUCAGGAGUUCUCUCUGACCCUGUGACGUCACCAGCACAUUAAGUACAUUCAUCUUAAGAUAGCCAGGUGAGACAACCACAUAUCACAGUAAACACAUUUCUCCUCAAUUAGUCAGUUUCACAUUAUUAUUAUUAUUAUUAUUAUUAUUAUUAUUUGUAUUUGGGGGGGGGGGGGGGGUACUCUUUAAAGACGUAGGUGUUUCAGACCAUUUCGGGCAGUUGGGCAGAGACUCUGCUUCACUGACAUCAGGGGGAUAAAGUGUGAAAAAAAUGAUCUGUUUGCAAACAAUGUAAAAAAAAACAUUUAUAAUUGAGUUAUUAAUAAAGCCACAUUCAAAAAUGG